AUGGACGGAAGAGAGAUGAACCAUCGUGCGUCGUACCCAUCCCAAAACUCGGUGUUCAAGCCUUCUCAAGACUGGACAAGUGGAAUGGACGACAAGGGGGAAAGUCAGAAUGCCUGGCUUCCCAAAACAGUUCGCGCCCUGAACGACUCGGAAACAGCACGAGGCCAUCCACGAACCCUCAUUCUUGCCCUGGACGGAACAGGUGAUCAAUUCGACAAUGACAAUAGCAACAUUGUCAACUUUGUUUCGUGCCUGAAAAAACAUUCACCAACGGAGCAGGUAACCUAUUAUCAGUCUGGCAUUGGGACCUACGACAAGGGCGGGUUGACCAACGGUAUCGGAGCUGCGAUGGAUAUGGCUGUUGGAAGCGGACUAGGCACCCACAUCAAAGAUGCUUACAAAUUUUUAAUGUCCAGUUAUCGCGAGGGAGACAAAAUCUGUCUCUUCGGGUUUUCCCGUGGUGCUUACACGGUCCGUUGCCUUGCUGGAAUGUUGCAUAAGGUGGGCUUAUUGCCUGCAAGCAACGGUUCACAAGUGAACUUCGCGUACGACUUCUACAAAGACGACUCAGAGUCUGGCAAGAAAUUGGCGGAGGGCUUCAAGCGCACAUUCUGCACGCAUGUAGAGGUCUACUACGUGGGCGUCUUCGAUUGUGUUGCCAGUGUAGGAUUCAUCCCUCGAAAAUUGCCAUUCAGCAAGUCGCCCACGAACUCAAUUCGCCACUUCAGACAUGCCAUGGCUCUUGAUGAGCAUCGCGCCAAGUUCAAAGUCUGCCAAUGGCAACAACAGAACCCAGGAGAUGAUUCGCAUCUCAAGCGCCGCGAGACUGUAGACUUGACGCCAUCCGGGCGCUUUCGACGUCGUUUUGGACUGAAAAAGACACCCGCGUUUGCUACCAACGGUACAGCGACAGCCAAGCCAGGUGCAGAAAGUAACGGAAACUUAUCCGACGAUCUCGAGGCAAAGUUUGUCUCCCAGGAAAAGGCCCACCACCGCAACCGCUAUUUCGAAACCGAUGUACUGGAAGUUUGGUUCCGGGGUUGUCACGCCGACAUUGGGGGUGGUGCAGUUGCCAACGAGUGUCGACAUAUGCUCUCAAGGAUUCCUCUCCGGUGGAUGAUACGGCAAUGUUUCGAAUGCGAUACAGGCAUCCUAUUCGACACAGCCAGACUAGCUGAGUAUGGGCUUGAUGUCCACACACUCUGGCCGACGUACGGCAAGCCGUCGAAGCCGGUCGCUGGCCCGCCCCCGGCCUUGGUAGAGAAGUACCAGAAGAAGAUUCUGGCCCCGCUGCACAGACGCUCCGUAUUUUUGCCCAUCGGCUCGGAGGAUGAUAGGAUUAAAGAUGCGCCGAGUGCGGAAGCCUUGAACUACAUACUUCCAUCCGAAGGCAAUGAGGACUAUUUCGACACUUUGGAAGGUUGCAACGACAUGCUCAAGAUUGCCAAAUUUUGGUGGGUCUUGGAGAUCUGGCCAGUGAAGAUCCGUGUGCUCGCGAAAGACGGUGAAGGCUGGGAGAAGCGAGUACGUAUGAAUCUCGGCCGAUACCGUGGCGUCCGAGAGAACGAGCCAAAGAUGCACUGGACAGUGCGACAUGCCAUCGACGAGCACAACUAUAAGCUGAGAACUCGAACCGACAAGUCGACUUCCUGGUCGGUUAUUGUGUAG